AUGACUCUAACGUUCAACAAAGCUCUUGUAGAGAAAGCUAUCCCUUUUUUGAAAUGCUGGAAGGAUGUUAGAGACUUCAAGAUUUCCGGGGGUGCUACUUCCCAAGUUGUUCUGUUCGACGGCAACUCUAGCAACUUGGAAACAAACAAGGCUAUAACUCUUGAAGGAGAAGAAAUCAGUCUAGCUGAAUCAUUGACCGAAGGCAAGACUGUUAGCCAGAAGUUUACCAUGCGUUGGAUGUCUUCCGAAAAUGGGCUUGAUAAGGAGAUCGAGUUCAAUGGUUUGACGGGAGGAUUAAGGAAUCAGUCAGGUAGACCUGGAGUUAAGUUUGACUCGAAGAAUAAAUCUAUUUCUAUCAAUCUAUUACUCUGUCGAUCUGAAGGUUCUUUCGCGAUUCAUUCAACCAAUGGAGAAAAAAUGUUCAUGGUUGUUGUACCUCCAAAUGAUCAGGAUAAGCCAGAUCAUGAAAGAAUCACUGUAGUUCCAUUUACUGAUGGUGUAAAACUGAGGAGUGGUUGGUGGCACUCUGUUCCUUUUCCUCACCCAGAAAAAGCCCUUUUAGAGUUAGAAGAGUUUGUAGUUGAAAACGUUGAGAAUGAAGUACUUGAACUGCCGAACGUAGUUGGAAAACCGUUACAGCUGACUCUAUAA